AUGGCCCAGAAGCGAAAAGCCUCGGGGGAUCUCCCCAACGCGAAGCGGCUACAAAGCCGGACAACGCUGGACGAUGUCGACCCAAUAUAUGAAGAAAAACACUCAGACCCCGAGUAUGACUUUUCGGAUGACUCCAGUGUCGCCAGCGGUAGUCUUCACGAGACACCAGCUACUCCAAUGUCGACUAUCUCCGCUAGAUAUCCUUCAGAGCUGAAAACUCACCGCUGCCCUUUCGAAGGUUGCACGAAGGCCUUCAACCGUCCAGCACGACUACAGGAACAUUUGCGCUCACACAACAAUGAACGACUAUUCCGCUGUACCCACGACGAUUGCGAUAAGACGUUUCUUCGAGCAUCGCAUCUGAGCCACCACAUCAAAAGUGCCCAUACCGGUAUCAGAGACUACGUAUGCGAUCGUCCCGGUUGUGGGAAGAGCUUCGUAACUGGCUCACGGCUUCGUCGACACAUAGCUGCUCAUGAUGGAAGAGACAAGUACCGCUGCACAGAAUUUCCGCCCUGCGAUGAGACCUUCCGGAAACACUCGACGCUCCAAAAACACAUCAUGAGCGUGCAUUUGAAACAGAAACCCUUCUCUUGCCCGCACAUCGACCCGACUACCGGCCAGAAAUGCCCAAUGGCAUUUGACACCGCAGGACACCUUCGAGCUCAUGAAAGUCGCAUCCACACCGAGAAACGAUUCACCUGCACGGAGUGUACUCAGCAUGCCGAGCAGGCCAACCCAUCAUCAUCAUCAUCCGAGACUCCCGCUCCCACCACAUCAACAUUCCCGACCUACGCCCUUCUCCAAGCCCACAUCCGAACCGUCCAUCCCCCACAGUGCCCCAAUUGCAACCUGACCUGUUCCACAGCCCGAGAGCUCCGCCGUCACCUGGAAGUCAGCCACGGCAACGUGAGUCUAGAAGAGCGGAAAGUCUUCCCCUGCACCAUACCCGGUUGCGACAGCAGCUUCACCAAGAAGGGCAACCUAACCGUGCAUAUCCGCACCGUUCACCAAGGCGAAAAGCGCUUCGUCUGCGGCGAGACCGACCUGUCCAUGUCCAAGCGAGUCGUCGGCUGGACAGGCACCGACGGCUGCGGAAAACGCUACGGAAGUAAACUCGCCCUGGAGGAGCACAUUCGCACCGCACAUCUCGGCUUCCCCAACGCCAAAGCCGAGCGCCGACAGCGUCUAGGUCUGAACAAGACACCGGACCCUCACCAAACCGGACCGUCCGCAUUGGCCGCUCUCACAGGGGAGGGUUAUGCCGAAGAGACCGGUCGACAGAUCACCUGCUUCAUCGAAGGCUGUCCACACCGGUUCCACAGAAACUACGAUCUGUGGGUCCACAUGGGCAGUAAGCACGGAUGCACCGAGGACGAAAUCCGCGAUAUGUUCAUGCAGCGCGCGCUACUGGCGGAUAGCAAUGAGCCCGUGACCGGCGACAUGUUCGGUAUUUAUGGACUCGAGUUCGAUAAUGAUGACUCCUCCGCUCCUUAUGAACCGUAUAUCUUGCAUGCGGAUGCAAAACCUGGUCUAUAUACGAUGGGCAAUGGUGGUGACCCUACAACUAAUGAAAAUAACCCCGGCGACUUCCCCAGCAACUUUGCUGAUGCUAUGAUUCAAGAUGUCGAUGUCGAUGUUCCUUCUUCUUCUUCUAAGAUACCCAGUGCUGAUGAUAUGGCGAUGAUUGAUCCUUUGUUGGCGUAUAAUAUGGCGGAUUCAUAG